ACCGGUCUUCACUAGUCUCUUCCGUCCUUCUGUGUUUAAAUCAUUGCUCCACAAAGCCAAAAUUACCACAAAGUUUGGCAUUUCGGAGCAACCGGACAGUACUUCUCAAUCAUCAUCAUCGACACCACAUGACGCUCUUUUUCACGUGUCAAAACCAGAUCAAGACGUCAUUCCUUACCCACCGUUAUUCUCAAAUGUUAUCAAUUCUGCCUUCGGCCAGCCUGGCUCCUUAUCUUCACCCAGUGGCAUUGACAAACGGCUUUAUGCUUCCGCAAAGGAGCUGGAAGAUACGUUGGCCUUAUCUUUGGUGGACUCCCCGGUGGCUAGUCUGUCCAUCUCUUCUUUAUUGACUUCAGACAUUGUGGAUGGUCUCAGGGCUGAAGACCGUAAAAUGGAGCUCGGAUUUCGAAAAGCGCACCAAGCGGCGGCUUGGGCAAUAAAGGCGGCCACAGCAACAUCAUUUUUUAACCGCGCUGCUUUAAUCUGGCUCAGGCAAUUGCAGGAGAGAUUACCUCCUGAUGAUACACGGCUACAUCAGGACAUUAAUAAGUUAGUGGCCGCAACGGAGUAUUCGGCCGACGCCUCGCUCACAGCGGCCAAAUUCGCCUCCAGAUCCAUGGCAGCAUCUGUGACAAAUCGCCGUUUGUUUUGGCUCCGUAACUGGAGGGCGGAUGCCAGAGCUAAAUGGAAGUUGGCGUCAGCCCCCUACUCAGCUCCUUCUCUCUUUGGUGCCGCACUCGAACCUACCUUGAUAGAAGACAAGGAUAAACGCAAAGUCCUUCCGUCCUCCUUUCGUAGACCUGAAAGGAGAUACACACCUUAUUCUCAGCGUCAGCCCUUUCGGCCCUACUCAGGGUCAGGCGGACCCUACUUGUCUCAACCAUAUUUCCAGUCUUCAGAUAGGACCACCGACAGGCAGCAGUUCCGAGACAGGUCCAGGGGCCAGUCCCAGCCAAAGCACCCCUUCUGAGGAUCCAGUUACCGGCAGGCUCGCAGGGGCAAGUGACGCCCCCGAGUCAGGUCCUAUUGGGGGUCGACUCCAGCACUUCCACCUCCAGUGGGACCUUUCAACAUCAGAUGCCUGGAUCAGGUCCACAAUCCAGCAGGGCCUUCUCAUCGAAUUCCACUCCACUCCACCCAUCAGGUUUCGCACCUGUCCUGUCCCACAUUGUUCACUAAAGAGGAAACUCAUGGACUCGGAGAUAUUCCACCUUCUCUCAAUCAAGGCGAUAGAGCCGGUGCCCCAGGGACAGGAAUGCACUGGAUUUUACGCUACCUUGUUUCUGGUGCCCAAGUCAUCGGGGGGUCACAGAGCCAUCUUGAACCUAAAAGGACUCAACCGAUACGUUCGGUAUCGCAGGUUCAAGAUGCAGUCUCUUCGUUCGAUUCUGACGGCUGUCAGACCCAACGACUUUCUACAAUCUGUGGACCUGCGCGAGGCCUACUUACAUGUCCCAAUACAUCCGGCCCACCGUCGUUACCUGAGGUUUGCCUACAACAACCACCACUAUCAAUACCGCGCGAUGCCUUUCGGGUUAUCAUCAGCACCCAGGACCUUCACCAAACUGGUGGAGGUAGUGGCAGCGGCGGUCAGGACUCACGCAAUCCGCUUAAUGUGUUACCUAGACGAUAUCAUCGUCAUGUCGCCUUCCCCGGAUCAAGCAAGGAAGGACAUGGAGUUGGUGUUGGAGACAUUCCAGGCCCACGGUUUUUCCAUCAACCGUCAAAAGAGCCAUAUGUCCCCAACGACCCGUCUCCAACAUUUAGGAGCGAUAAUCGAUUCACAACUGGGCCAGGUCUUUUUGUCCCCGACUCGUAUUCAGGACCUCAGAGCGAUGGUCAGACAGGUACAGGACCAGAGGAAAGUACCUCUACUCCUCUUAUCACAACUGCUAGGGAAGAUGGUGUCCUGCAUAUCCAUCGUGCUGUGGGCUCGCAGGCAUGCCCGCCCCCUGCAGUGGCGACUACUUCCCUUCCAGAGACAGGGCCGCAGCACCUCCAGUUUUCCGAUUGUCUUGCCUCCUCAGGUUCGCCUAUCUCUUCGGUGGUGGAGGUCUCCCGCACUUCAGAAGGGGUGUCUGUUUCUCGAACCCAACCGACUGGUCCUGACAUCAGACGCAAGUCUUCGGGGUUGGGGUGCUCACUUACAGGACGCGGUGGUGCAAGGUCAGUGGUCUCAGGCGGAGCAGGCGAACAGCAUCAAUUGGCUGGAAUUGAGGGCUGUUCGUCUCGCAUUACGCCACUUCCGUCACGUCCUAGAGGGACAACAUGUGCUGGUCCGAACGGACAACAUCACCACCAAGGCACACAUAAAUCGGGAGGGGGGCACACGCUCCAGGGCCUUGAUGGUGGAGUCCGAGAGACUGUUAGCCUGGGCGGAGCUCCACACAGCAUCUCUGGUGGCAGACCACAUUUCGGGACAGUCCAACGUGAUGGCAGACUGGCUCAGCAGGGAGCACAUCGACCCUGCGGAGUGGAGCCUGAACCAUACCGUCUUCGAGCAGCUGACACACAGGUUCGGCCGACCUCAGGUAGACAUGUUUGCAACAGCCCAGAACGCCCAACUACCCCGCUUCUACUCACGCUAUCCAAGCGCACGAUCAGAGGGCAGCGACGCGCUACGUUGCCAGUGGCCCACCGGACUUCUCUAUGCCUUUCCCCCAAUUCCUUUAAUCCCUCGCUUAAUUCGGAAACUGAUCCGAGAAGGUGCAGAGCUGUUGCUGAUAGCCCCGCUGUGGCCUCGGAGACCCUGGUAUGCGGAUCUACUGGAACUCUCCAUCGUCCCGCCUUGGACGUUGCCGGUCCAGACGGACUUGCUAAGCCAGGGGGUCGUCGUCCACCCAGAUCCGCAGUGGCUCCGAUUAACCGCCUGGCGUUUGAGCGGCUCCAGUUACAGAAGGACAGACUGUCAGUUGGGGUCAUCUCUGUGAUUCAAUCAGCCAGGCGUCCCUCCACGACACGAAUUUACGAGGCUUCGUGGCGUGCCUUUACAACUUGGUGCUUAGGACACCAUGUGGACCCGACCGCUCCAGAUAUCCCAGAUGUGUUGGACUUUUUACAUGAUGGCCUCUCCAAAGGACUCGCCCCAGCGACGUUGCGACGCCAGGUGGCUGCACUUUCCACUGUUAUCGUCUGCGAGCGCCACCGCACUCUUUGAAUCCCAGAAUCCGGGCGUUUUUGCACGGUGCCACUAACAUCUCACCACCUGUGGUGCAUAGGUACCCGUCAUGGGAUCUUCCACUAGUUCUUAAAGCUCUAACUUCAACACCGUUUGAACCUUUAGCAUCUAUAUCUUUGAAAUUUCUUACCUUCAAAGUCGCCUUUCUCCUGGCGAUUACAUCCGCGCGGCGGGUGUCGGAACUCACCGCUCUAUCCAUACGCAAAGAACUCUGUAUCUUUCACGGCGACAGGGUCGUCCUGAGGUUAGACCCAGCGUUUGUACCAAAAGUUAAUUCGCUGUUUCACAGAACCCAGGAGGUGAUAAUACCCGAUUUUUGUCCGAAUCCUCAUCACCCGUCAGAGAUUCUAUGGCACACUCUGGACGUGCGUCGCGCACUUCGUCGCUAUAUCAGGCGUACAGAAUCCUUCAGACAAACAGAGGCAUUGUUUGUUUCCUUUCAUCCUUCUUCAAUGGGACGGAAAGUAUCGACAGCUACCGUAGCUCGCUGGAUCAAGGCCUACAUAGCAACUGCCUACAGCGUUCAAGACCGACCUCGUCCUUCACAUAUUUAUGCUCACUCUACUAGGAGUGCGGCCGCCACGGCAGCUUAGACUACACAGGCUUCGGUUCUGGAGAUUUGUCGGGCGGCUUCAUGGUCCUCCGCUUCGUCGUUUAUUCGACAUUAUAAAAUUGAUUCGUAUGCUUCUGCUGAAGCUGCCUUUGAUCGCAGGGUUUUACAACAGGUGGCCACAGCCCAGGACUCUGAGAGCAGACAGCCCCCUCCCUGAGCAGUGAACUUGGGUAUAUCCCGUCCAUGGAUUGGAGGAGCAGCACAGUGGAAAAAGGACGUUGUCUCACCUGAACGUCCAUUUUCGAUGUGCUGCGACUCCAAUCCAUACCCUCCCUUGGGCUUCUGCUAGGUUUGGACUUCUGACAGUUGUGUUUGUUGUUCCAGUUUGAGUUAUUCAAGUUUGAGUUCUGGCGCCUUCGUGAGGAAAGACUGGAGCUGAUUGGACAGCGUGGGCGUGGCCAGUUUGCAGGAAGGAGAUCAGCACUCAGUUCUGCCCAGCAACUAAGGAGAAGCUACCCGUCCAUGGAUUGGAGUCGCAGCACAUCGAAAAUGGACGUUCAGGAGCAGAUUUCAAGGGAAUAUAUUCUCCUCUGUCAAGAACUUUCUGAAGAUCUCCCAUAGCAGGCCAUUGGAUUGCUCAAGAUGAACAAUUAAAAGAAACCCCAACAACACUCUUCCCCAACAGUUUGUAAUAGUUCAUUAAAGGUCCAAUGGUCCAAUAAAGGUCAAGAAGCAAGUGCUCCCUUAUAGCAUUUUCCAAACAAUCAUUGACAUUCAGAAGUGAGAUAAAGUUGUGUCACAAUAGGAGCAUAUGCAAAACAGGAUAGCUUACCUGACAUCAUGCAGUAAGGUGUAGCUAGAAAUGACAGGUAUCCGUAAAUAUAAGAAUCAUGGAACUGGUUGUUAGGAAAUGGCUACAUGUAACCUCUUUUUGAUGCAGUUGCUUUCUCAGUCCAUGGCUCUUUUUAAUUUUUGUGCGAGAAACUCCAAAAAAAGCAACUUCCCUGUUAUCUGAUAUUAUUCAUUAGCUUUGACACAAUAUUUAAUACUAGUUCUUUAUACAUUCUGUUUCAGCACAUACACAUUUACAGUACUUCAGAGUGAAAUAUGUUGAAGAGCAGAAUGAACCAAAAUAUCAACAUUAUCAGUUGUUUUUGACAAAUGCUAGAAAUGAAGAAAAUAAAUACUGAAAUCCUUGAGACAGCAUAUGGUCAGUAACGCAUAAUAAGCAUUAUCCCUGCACAUUCUCAUAAUUGGAUUGCAUUGUGGGAUUCUUAGAAGCAUACCAGGUCCACUGCACAGUUCAGAAAUUAUUACCAGAUACAAUUUUAAAAAAUGAUCUGAAUAGGGAUGUGAGAAAGAACAGCUGAGGACAUUUAAUCUCUGGACUAUCUUCAGUGUUGAAGAUUACAGGCAAUUAUCUUGGCUCAAAUUGAUGAUAGUAUUAUUUAGUGGCAACCUUUUAAUGAUUCAUGUUGAAGAACACAAUGAAAAAUUAUGGUGUGUGUGUAUCUUACCGAGUCAUUCAGGGUUCUAAGUCCUAAAUAUGCUUACAGAAUUAAGAUGGGCCAUAAUCAAAAAUCUAAAAGUUCACAAUAUUAAGAUUAACAGCAUUUAGAAUGUGCCAUAGUAAAAUUAAUCAAUAUACAACAGAAUUCUUACAUAAAACUGUAUAGGUUGUCUGCAUGUUCCUGGAUUUUUCUCUGGACAGGAGCAAACAGUGGAUACAAGGAAAAAAAGAUUUGAAAAAUAAACCAACCUAUCCAGUCCCAUCAUGUUCUGAGACAAUAAUGCCUUAUUAGCAUAUUUGUGUCAGACAAAGGAAUCACUACAAUGUUUGCUUAACCUUUUCAUGGUGAGAGAAGCAAGUGUUUUCUCCAAGAAUCAGCAAAAGUUAAGUUCCUGAGUAUGUUUGGAAAGGUAAAAAGUGAGAAAGCUAUGCUGAAAGAAAUUCAAAGCUCAUGACUAAAUGGUUUUCUUGGUACAAAGAAAGUUCCAAAUGAAAGAAAUUUCCCACAAAACAUAGAUGACUAAGUUUGGUCAUGUUUGCCUGGGCUUACAACCUCCUAAUUUUUUAGAGGAAAGAAGCAAUAGUUAGUUUUGUAAAUCACUGAUAUUCAGGUGUUAUGAUGGAAGGACACUUUCUGCAUAUUAAUAUUUGAGGUGUUAUACUUAUCAAAGACUAUAGAAGAUUAGUGAAUGUGAUCCGUUAACAAAGAGAAGUGAAACCUUUAAUCUCAUCAAGAAAUAAAAUAAAAAUUUCAAAGGCAGAAUUU